ACAAGUCUUGUGCAAAAAAAUAUAAAUCAACGAUUUUUCUUUCCACACUAAAUCUGAAUUGUAAAUUAUUUAUAACAAACAAUAAAAAGGUUAAUCAUCGGUUUCAAUAAAUUCUUCUAUUUAUACACGUAAGAUGUAAUGAUAUGGUGAACAGUGUAAAAAGUGUUAUUACAAAGGUCAGUGUUUUAAUGUGAUGAUAUUCUAAUUGACAAUAAAAUUCAGCUGAUCCUUGUUUACAACGUUUUAGUUAUGUAUUCCUUUGAGGGAGAUUUUAGGCGAAAGCCUCAACAAAAUUUAGCUGGCGCCAGUGCUCAGCGUAAAACCGAUCGAGAUGCUUUGAUACUACAGUCACAGCAGCAAAGACAGAAACGCGAGGAACAUCGCAGAAGACUGAAUAGUACAAUCAAAAUUCAAGCUUUUGUACGAAGCUAUCUUACAAGGAAACAUUAUAAGCAAAUUGAAAGAGAGCAAUUUGAUACCAUAUUUCCAAGAGCCAAUCCUGAUGAUCAAAACUUAGUAUCAUUAUUAGUAGCUAAGAUAUUAUUCUUUUAUGAUGAUCGGAAAGAUUUUAAUAGAUUGGUAUCAAUAUCACAGCUGUUAUUGAAACAAUGGCAAAAAGUGUUUCAAAGUGGAGGCUCAUCAAUACAAAUCAGGAGGUUACUUGCAUUACAUCUACGAUUGCUGAAAAAUGAUUCUGAGGUUCCAUUGGCAGUGCCAUUGAGAAUGCUUGAGGUAUUCACUUCAAGGCAAUCUGCUGAGGCAUCAAUGACUUGUAAAGAGGCUGUUAAUAUUAUUGGAGGGACAUUUUUAUAUUUGAUCAAAAGAGGCUACUUCAAAGACUUAUGUAAUCUUAUCUGUCAACGGACACCACCUCUUUAUGGGCCUUCACCAAAUCCACCCACUCCGCUUUGUGGUGCUUUGCUGGACUUAAUCCAGAGACCACUCAAUUUGAAUUUCCAAAUCAAUACAUCACAAUAUGAAGAUACAGUUAUGACGGAGUUUGCAUCAACAUUUUUGUGCAAUCCAUAUCCAGAGCCUGUGGAGAUGUACAUCUUACCUGCGCUGGCACAAGACCGUAACAGACCCUUUCCUUUCUUGGGACUUAUACGAUGCAUGCUAGACGAUAGUAAAUUUACUAGUGGCAAAUUAAUAAAUGACUCUUGGUUGUUACAUUCCAUUUUGUCAUUAGAACCUCCUGGAUUUGGUAAUGACCUCCGUAAUGUAGACAAUUCGAAACUACCCAACAAUCCAAUAGUGUUAGAAUAUCUAAAGAUAUUAGCCAUGCUAACGGAGAAUGUUUGCAAUAAACAGAUAACAUAUGAAUAUGAAGAUUCAUUGUACAGUCAGGAGACUGCUGCGGACAAAGAUGAUGACAGUGACAGUGAGGUGGAACCUAAUCCAACGUCAGUGAGGGAACAAACAUUGUUAACUAAAUGUAUAGAGAUGUUGAAUGAACCAGACAAUUGUGUCAUGAUGACAUGUUCUCAGAUCAAUGAUAAUGAGCUCAGUGAAGAAUUUUUAGAGUAUAUAUCAAAGAUAUGUCAUAACUUACUUUUGAGUCACAAGAUGGCGCUGCAUAAAUAUCGGUUACUAUAUACGUUGGCUUUCAAGCCGAUAUUUGUGCGUGGAGUUUGGCGUUGGCUGAGCAGCAUGAACCAGGAGUCGCUGUUCGGUGGUCCCAACACUGCGCUGCUGGCGGUGCUGUCGCGAGGUGUGGUGGCGCCCGGCGUCGAGCGCCUGCUGGCACCGCUGGCAGUCUUCUGCGCACUCUUCACGCUGCUCAUUGGCACACUGCAUGAUACGGAGUUCUUCAGGGAUACCGGUGAAGAUGACAGUUUGAAUUUUGAUUUUAGCGUAGCGGGUCCAUCUGGUGGACGUACUCACGCAUUCGAGUUUUCGGAACUGGGGGGCCUGUGUCGCGCGCUGCGGCAGCUGUGCCUGGGCCUGCUGGAGCUGGCGGUGCCGGACACGCGACCUGCACGCACGCCCUACAAGCACCCCGCCCAGCCGCAGCACACCCCCGCAUGGACACAUCUCUUCAAGGUGUGCACUCAGCUGCUGCGGUCGCUGUACGCACGCGACGAGCGGCUGCACUUCAGCGCGGGCGCGGCGUGGGCGGGCGAGCGCGAUGACGACGCCUCCGAAGUGGCCGCGCUCGUUGCCUUCGCACGCGCUCGCUCGCGACAGAACGCGCCACUUGUUGACGCCGCACGAGCUAUUAACAACGAAGAGGGACCUCCAUUAACAAUAAAGGAAUUAAGGAUGCUUACUAUAUUAAAGGAGAUUCCUUUCGUCAUAUCGUUCUCUACCAGGGUAUUGAUAUUCCAAACGUUGCUACUUAGGGAAAAAAGCUCAAAUUGGUUACAAAAUUUCAAUGAAGGACCUUCUAUUAAUAUAAAUAUAAGGCGCACACAUUUAUAUGAAGAUGCCUUUGAAAAGCUCAGUCCAGAGAAUGAACCCAAUCUGAAGCUGACGAUGCGCAUUCAGUUCAUAAACCAAGUGGGUGCGGACGAGGCUGGUGUUGAUGGCGGCGGAGUCUUCAGGGAGUUCCUCUCAGAACUACUCAAAUCAGCAUUUGAUCCCAACAGAGGACUGUUUCGUUUAACAAAAGACAACAUGCUGUAUCCCAAUCCUGGUGUGCACUUGCUGUAUGAUGACUUUCCGAUGCAUUAUUACUUCGUGGGAAGAAUGCUGGGGAAGGCGUUGUACGAGAGUUUGUUAGUGGAGCUGCCGCUGGCUGAGUUCUUCUUGAGCAAGUUGUGCUCGUCUCGUGAGCCGGACGUGCACGCACUGGCUUCACUGGAUCCAGCGCUUUACCGCGGCCUGCUGCUGCUGCGCGCACAUCGCCGUCAGGACGUCCCCGACCUCGGGCUGGACUUCACCGUGCUGACUGACGAGCUGGGGGAGCAGAGAACAGAAGAGUUAAAGCCAGGAGGUGCCAAUAUACCAGUUACAGCUGAAAAUAGAAUAGAAUAUAUUCAUCUUGUUGCCGAUUACAAACUUAAUAGACAAAUAAGAUCUCAGUGCAACGCUUUCAAGCGUGGUGUGACUUCAGUGGUGAGCGCGGAGUGGUUACGUAUGUUCUCAUGCCGGGAGCUGCAGCUGCUCAUCUCUGGUGCUGAGGUGCCCAUAGACCUCGAUGAUCUCAAACGGAACACACACUACGCCGGUGGUUUCUCGGAGACUCAUCCAACAGUGCAGGCGUUUUGGAAGGUUGUGGAGGGCUUCACAGACGAUCAGCGCCGGCAGCUCCUCAAGUUCGUAACCAGCUGCUCGCGACCUCCCCUACUAGGCUUUAAGGACCUGAUCCCCUCGUUCUGCAUCCAGUCAGCGGGAGCUGCAGACCGGCUGCCCACAGCAUCCACCUGCAUGAAUCUGCUCAAGCUGCCAGAGUUCCGCUCAGAGCAGGCGCUCGCCGAGAAACUGCUAUAUGCGAUACAGGCCGGCGCAGGAUUCGAACUUAGUUAAUACCGAUAUGUGUACAGCGAGAGCGAAGUGCAUCGUAUAUAUGAAAUAUAUGUUAUUUUCCAACACAUUAGUGUACUGAGUGUAAAUCUCAUUGUGAUAAUGUUAAUUUUAUAUAGAGCCGGUUUUUGUGUAAAUAAAUGUUACCCGAAUUGCUCCGCGUGACUUUUAUUUGUU